CUACGCGCUGGAUGUGGAAGCGAUCACCACUCGCAAGAAGCCAAAUCUGAUCCUGAACUUGGACGGAAUAGUCGCCGCUGCUAUGGUCGACCUGCUACGUCACGCGCAGCUGUUUACGCAGGAGGAAGGCAACAACUACAUCCAAAUGGGCUCGAUCAACGCAUUAUUCGUGCUGGGCCGUACCAUUGGCCUGGUGGGUCACUACCUCGACCAGAAGAGGAUGAAACAGCCACUCUACCGCCACCCGUGGGACGAUAUCACCUACAUGUCCCCCCUGCAUUAGGUAACUAAGAAAAAAGGUACCCACAUGAAUGAAAAGGCAAGUGUGGGUAUACCUUGAUUCCUGCACGCUGUUCAAGUCUUUUUCAAAUCAUUCAGUUCUUAGGCUCGUUCCAGGGCGUUUAUACACGUCCUGAAUAUAGCUUGAGCCUUUUUAAAAUCUAAUCAAAUAAUUUAUUCAGUAAUGUCACUGUCACUACUGUCACUGUCAAUAUAGCUUGAGCCUUUUUCAAAUCAAAUCAAAUAAAAUUUACACAGUACUUAGGCGCUACCAGGGUGCAGUCCCAAAUAUAGCUUGUCUUACCACCUUCCUUAGAUACUUUAUUAGUGGACACCGUAGUCAAUUGACAUACUGUCAAAGCUGUCAAAACGCGACUCCCAAAUUUUGUAUGGCAAAUGUCAUCAGGUUGCGAACUCAAUUGACUGAUAAGGUCUUGAUUUUGAAGCUAUUAAAAAUCUAAUUGUACCGUUUCAAAUACACGUACUGAGGGAUGAUACACUAUUGAGGACGUUACAAAAUUUAAUUAUUUUUUUUAUUUUUCAUUCAAAAUAUAAGUCUUUAAAAAACAGCGUGUAGGAAUCACAUUACAAAUCGGAUUGAAGCAAAGUCGCGCGCUAAGAUUAGUCAUUCAUUGUAUGCAGGCUUCUAAAUCCGUAUAUAGGUUAAGUGGCGAUGGACAGAUGUCUAAAUUGGGGCAGCAUGUUUAUUCAGACAUUUUAAAAGCCUUAAUUUAAAUUUUGAGUCUUUUUCCAAUCGUUAUUUGAUGAUUUGAGUCUUUUUCGAAUCGUUAUUUUACAAUUUGAGCCUUUCAGAUCUUUAUUUGAAAAUUUGAGUCUUUAUCAAAUCGUUAUUAGAAAAUUUGAGUCUUUCGAGUUUCUAUUUGAAAAUUUAAGUAUUUUUCAAAUCGUUAUUUUAAAAAUCUGAGUCCUUUUCAAUGUUAGUAGUAUGACGUUUAAAUCGCUAGGGGCCGUUCAAGUAUUACGUAAGCAGAUUUCUUACCAUUUUUUACCCCC